CACUCCACUGCGCAGACGGAUUGCAGCCCAGCCCGAGCCCCACAUCCUCCGCAAUCUCCUUCUCCGUCUAGACGGAGCUGCGCCGGCGCUAGUGGCCCCCGAUCUCUCUCUCUCUCUCUCCCCCUUCGGCGUCCACGAACAGCUAUCGUGCCGCCGCAAGCCAGUGCCCAGCCGGCCCCUUCGCUGAUUGAGUUGGCUUGAAGUGCUCUGGUUCGCGAGGAUGCCGAAGGAUGCGGGGGAUGCCAAGCUCCUGUUCCAGUCCCUGAACAAGGCCUACGCCGCCACGCCCACGAAUCUCAAGAUCAUUGACCUGUAUGUGGUUUUCGCCAUGGCGACUGCCCUUGUUCAGGUUGCUUACAUGGGAGUAGUUGGGUCAUUUCCCUUCAACUCGUUCCUCUCAAGUGUCCUGUCAUGCAUAGGAAGUGCAGUUCUUGCUGUGUGUCUCCGUAUUCAAGUCAACAAGGACAACAAGGAAUUCAAGGAUCUUCCUCCAGAAAGGGCCUUUGCAGAUUUUGUCCUGUGCAAUCUGGUGCUCCACCUGGUGAUCAUGAACUUCCUCGGAUAAGCCACUCUCCUACGAGUUUCCGAGAUUUUGUAGUGCCCUAAUGCUUGAGACUGUCAUCAUGUUAGAUAUUCAUGUGGUAUCACACAACUGUCUGCGUGAUCCGAGAGUGUCUCUAUGAGCUAUAAUAAUUCUGUGGACUUAGCAUUAACAAUGUAUGGAAAUGAGAACUUAAUUUCUUUUGAGGGGGUGAAACUGGCAAGAUCACUUCAAUAUGAUCAUUCUGCUUUACUA